GUCCAGCUAGCGAACAUAAAUGUAUUUUGAAAAAAUGGGCAAGAAUUGACAUUGCCAGCAAACGGAAACGUGUUAAGAAGAAAUACAUAUACACAAUAUUUAAAAACCAGCUCUUCCCUCUCCAGGGACCGAUCAUCUCGAAAACUAAAGCAUAUACGAUGCGUCGGCCCACAAACAAUGUGGUUUCGGGUUGAUCAGAGUCUUUUGGCUGUGUGUUGGGCUGUCUGCCUACUGUAUUGUACUGUGAGAAGGCAGGCAGAUAGGGGGCACCUCACCAAAAUCUCCCGCUCAACUCCACAUUCAACCCCCCCACCAAUUUACCUUCUAACUUCAACGCAUUUUAAAACCGACCACAGGAUUUAAACAUCUGAUUGCUUUAUUUAUUGAUUCUAUUUUCGGUUAGUUUAUGGUUUGUGUUUUUACACUCCGGGAGGGCAGAAAUGGCCGCCAACAUGUACCGGGUCGGAGACUAUGUAUUCUUUGAGAAUUCCUCCAGCAACCCUUACCUGAUCCGCCGGAUAGAAGAGCUCAACAAGACGGCCAGUGGCAAUGUGGAAGCCAAGGUGGUGUGUUUUUACAGAAGGAGAGACAUCUCACACAGCCUCAUACAGUUGGCUGACAAACAUGCGAAGGACUUAGAGGAGGAGAAAGAGGAGGAGAAAGAGAGUCCGUUGGAGGCAGAGCUGACAGACAAACAGAAACAUCAGUUACGCCACAGAGAACUGUUCCUCUCCCGUCAGUAUGAGAGUCUACCAGCCACACACAUCAGGGGGAAGUGUAGUGUGGCAUUAUUGAAUGAGACUGAAGCUGUCCUCUCCUACCUGGACAAAGAGGAUACAUUCUUCUACUCGCUGGUCUACGACCCUACCCAGAAGACACUGUUGGCUGAUAAAGGAGAGAUCAGAGUGGGACCACGCUUUCAGGCCGAUGUACCUGACAUGCUACAGGAGGGGGAAUCAGAUGAGUGGGACCAGUCAAAGUUAGAGGAGAAGCUGUGGGAUCCUGAUUGUCCUCUCUCCAGCAAACAGAUUGACCAGUUCCUGGUGGUCGCACGGGCGGUGGGAACGUUUGCCAGAGCGCUGGACUGUAGCAGCUCGGUCAGACAGCCCAGUCUACAUACAAGUGCAGCUGCCGCCUCCCGAGACAUCACACUGUUCCAUGCGAUGGACACGCUGCAUCGUCAUGGUUACGACCUGUCCAGUGCGUUGAGUGUGUUGGUGCCGUCCGGUGGGCCGGUGCUGUGUCGGGACGAGAUGGAGGAGUGGAGCGCCUCGGAGGCAGCCAUGUUUGAGGAGGCUCUGGAGAAAUACGGAAAGGACUUCAACGACAUAAGACAAGACUUUCUACCGUGGAAGUCUCUGACCAGUAUAAUAGAGUAUUAUUACAUGUGGAAGACAACAGACAGAUACGUACAGCAGAAGAGACUGAAGGCAGCAGAGGCAGAGAGCAAACUGAAACAGGUUUACAUCCCCACAUACAAUAAGCCCAACCCUAACCAGAUCUCAGUGACCAAUGGGAAGAUGGCGACGGUGAAUGGGGCGGGGCCUGGAGCCUACCAUGCAGCGGGGGGAGGACGGGCCUGCGAGAGCUGCUACUCAAUGCAAUCAGCCCAGUGGUACUCGUGGGGGCCGCCCAACAUGCAAUGUCGCCUGUGUGUCUCGUGCUGGAUGUACUGGAAGAAGUACGGUGGCCUUAAGAUGCCAAGCAGAGCGGAGGUGCCUGAGGAGAAGACCCCACCAAGCCCUGUGCCCAACGAGCCUCGGUCGCGCGGCCAUGGCCCCCGCCAGUCCAGUCACAUGGUGCCGGUGCGUAACAGCGGCAGCCCCAAGUCCUCCACAAAGACCAAGCAGGCCUUCCUGCUGCAGGCCACCCGCCUCACCAAGCUGGCACGCCACAUGUGCCGCGACAUCAUCAGACUGCGACGCGCUGCGCGGCGCCCCUUUGUGCCCAUUAACUGUGGCGCCAUAAAGGCAGAGUGUAAGAGCUCCUUCAAUUCCUAACUUCUGCCUCAUGACACACACACACGCACGAACACACACACACACACACACCGCCCCCCUCCUUCACCUUGACACCCCCCUUUUCACCCCACCUCGCUGUCUCCGCCCCCCCCCCCCCCCCCCCCCUCCCUGUCUGUCUCUCUCUCUGUUUUUGUUAUAUUGUAUUAUAUUAUUAUUAUUAUUUUGGUUUUUGUAUUCUCCCCGGUUUCAAUAAAGACUGCCUGUCCUCAUGA